AUGGCCCGUGCAAUGAGCGUGGUUCUCUUCAUUGUGACAGCCUGCUUCGCCUUCGCCUUCGUCCCGGCACCCGGACCCAUUUCGGCACCCCGCCACAUGACCACAAGGGCCUCUGAGAUCGCGGAGGCUUCGACGCCAGAGGCGGAGUGGAAUCCCAGCUGGGCUUCCCCGGUGCUGGCCCUAGUCGCCUGCGCCCUCUUUGCUGGGGCCCAGGCCGGCUACGCAAACCCGUCCACUUCGAGGUUGGGUAAGGUGGACUUUGUCACGAAUCCUGCGGUGCCUCGUGCAGUGCUCGAGGAGAAGCAGAUGACGAAGGUGAAGCUUGCGGCAGCACCCAGCAGGAUGCAGAUUGCAGAGAAAGUCCGACAGCAGGACCGGACCGGGCGAGAUGGAGUACAUGAAGUCGACUUACGUGCUCCAGCUCCUUAUGGGCGGAUCGGAGGGCGACCCAUCAUCCCAAAUCCAGAGGCCGAGAAGUUCCCUGCCGGCGUUCCCAGGGACGAGGAGCAGCUGGAGGACGGCUUUCCUGUUAUCACUUUGCGGGAGCAGUAUGAGACAAAUGUGACCAUGUACGUGGAAGGACUGGGGCCUUUCCCAGGACCUCCGCCGGACUUUAGCAGCGACUGGGAUUACAUCCCACCGGACCCGGAGGACGAGGAUUUCGAUCCUAGCGCGCCCUUGCCGGCACCGCCAGAGGAGCCGCCGGAGGAACUCAUGAAGCUCCAGCCGGCCGGUGCGAUCGUCUGGCCGGAGGUCACAACGCGAAAGGUGGCUGCGGGCCCUGAGUAG